UUCUCCGGCUUUUCACACUCGUCGAGCAGCGGUGGAGCGGAAGUGGCCCUUGGUGUGGAACAAUUGCUGACGGACACGAAUAACGAUUUGAAAAACUUUCGCGAAGAGCAAUCUCAGCUACGUGCCCAGGUAAGCGCUGUACUCGAAGAGAAUCAGCGUCUGACCAGUGAACUGGGGAAAUAUAGGGAAUCCAUGCGUACAGGGAAUGCGGAUGAAAUGCAUAAGCGUCUUCGUUUAACCGGUGAAGCCCUAACCAAGGCCAUUAAACAGGUCGAUGCCCUGCGCAAGGAGCGCAUGAGUCUUGUGACCAUGCAGGAAUGCUCUCAAAGGACCAUUGAGAACAUGGAGCUGGAGAUUAAACACUAUCGUGCCCAGCUAAAUUUAUCGGGCGAUGACAAGCUCAAGGAGAAAUACACCAGGACGGUUAAAUUGUUGGAGGAAAGAAUCAAUGCCCAGCAAGAGGAGCUAAAAAAUCAGUCCGAGAUGAUCAAAGCAUUGCAUGAGCACAAGCAAAAAAGUGGCGACCAAUUAGAGAAACUGCAAUCGAAGAUUAAGGAACAAGCUCAGAAUGCACGCGUCAUCGAUGAGAGUCAAAACAAAAUUGUGCACUUACAGAAGCAAAUCAAAGAGUAUGAGAAAUCGUUGAAUCACACUCGAAAUUUGCUAAUCGAAAGCACCAAGCGGGAGACAACGGCUAUGCGUAAAGUUCAGGAUGCCAUCCAACUGAGUGAGGCGGCAGUGGAGGCCAAGGAGAGCGCCGAGAAACGGGCCGAAAGCUAUAAAGAGGAAGCCGCUCAAUUGGCCACCAAUAUAGGCUGCAUUAUGGAGGAAGCCGCCAAACGUGUCGACACUGAAGUGGAUCAGCUGAAAGCCAAACUGAUGGACAAGGAUAAAUCUCUGGCCACCCUGCGAGAGAAAUUCCAAAAGGAUGUCAAAGAAUACAAGGAUGCUGUGAAAAUGCUGGAAACGCGUAACACUCGCCUGGAAAUGAAAUAUAAAGAGGCCUUGCAACAAAAUGAGAAACUUGCCGCCGAAGUGGAAAGCAGUUGCAAGCGUCUAAAUAAACUGGAACGUUGUGCCACCAGUGAGGAACUUAUUCAGGAAAGGACCAAAAAGGAUUACGAUAGUCGUAUCAAAAAAUAUUUGGAGGCUCACAGAGAUAUAAAAUUAAAAUAUAAAGCUGCAUUGGAUGAUCUUACGGAAAAAUUCGAAAAAGUAAUCUAUCAACUCAAAUUGGAUAAUGCUAAUUUGGUGGCCGAAAAUCAAACGCUUAAAAGUGGAGCUGCCGGUGACUUUAUAAGGCAGCCGUAUCAACAGUCACAAUAAGAAUAUUUGCCAUAGUUUGUAAAAUUUAGUUAUAUAUUUUAACAUAUAUAUGUAUAUAUUUCUUUCUUAAAAUACAUCUGGUAUUAAGAAGCACCAA